AUGCUGGGGAGCCGCACGAAUGCCCACACACGACAAAUCAAAUCACGCCUUGACUUUAUGCAGCUGGAGAGAGAUACAGGAUCAGGUCACGUUGAUGGAGCAGCAGUUCUGAUUGUACUCAUGGAAGAUGUCUUGCCCAAGCUACAAAAGUGGCUGAAUGCCAAUCUCCGGAUGCAAAGAUCCAAAUAUCCCACUUCAGUUCGUUUGCUACAGGUGCACGAGUGGGAGUUUGUUGCAUUCAUUGCCGCUUUUGGACUGUUGGGACUCACGCAUGAGGCAGACCAUACACCGAAACGGGACUGUGUUCAAUAUAUAAGAGAGUACGAAAAUGAGUUGUUUGGGAAGAGCCUCAAGAUUUUCUUUAUCGAGUAUGCUUGGCUAACACUUGACGAUGAGCAGUGUGGAUCCCGUGCUAAAGAUAUUCCGAAGAAGAGUAAAGUAGACCGAAAAGCAAAGACCUGGGGUUUCAAAGCAGAUAUGGUUGCUGAUGCUGUCUACUCAACUAUAAUUGGUGUGCGGUACCAUGAACGAGGCUACAAUCAAAACAGUGCUGUAAAGGAUCUGUUUGAACGCAUCAAUUGCACGUACACAGAAUCACGCCAUAAGGGGAUGGCAAAGGUUACUGCGGACAGAGGAUAUGGCAACGAACAGCUGUGGAACAGUCUAGCUGAUAGGGGACUUGGAUCGAUGCUGAUACUAAUCAGCAACCGAUACACCGGCCAUCCAUGGGUUGGUGCCAGCAGCAAGGGUGCCCAUAUGUAUCCAGCUCAAUUUGUAGUUCCGGACGAGCCUUGCUUGGGAGAUCGUAUUUUCGCUGCAAGUAAGUUGAUUAAAACAAGCGUGGGUGCUGCCGUCAAAGAGAUGAAUGCCUUUGCCUACGGCAUCCGACAGAUGCCGCGCAAACGCGGUAACCACGAUACUCCGACUGAUGUGUUACGUUUCAUAUCGAUAGGGGAUGGUGAUGCUAGUGAUUUGAAGGGUGUAUACGUGUGUGUCCGCAGGCCAAAUCCGAAAGAUGAAAUAGUUGACGUCACAUUAUUCUGGCUAAAUACUAAUCGCGUACGAUCAGAACAUAUUUUACGUAUGGAGGACACACUCAGGCAAGUGGUGAAUGUUGAAACUUGUGCGCAGCGCUCUAACGAAUGGUUCAAGUGUAGAUAUUUCAAAAUCACUGGGACUGCCGGGCACAUGAGAACUAUUCGUGAUACAUCUUGCCGUAAGUUUUUAUUAAAGCCAAGAGGUGUCAAUACAUCUGUCAACCCCAUCGUCGCGUUGCCAACCCCAGAUGAUACAAUACCUUCCUUGUAUACGCCGGCCGAGUUCAAUAAAACUCAGGCUAGUGCGCAAAGCUAUAUCUCAUCCGAUGGACACGGACGAACAGUUGAGUGUGAGCCAAAUGUGAACGAUUCUACUGGAGAUAUAGAGACGAUCAAAGGGUCCGUUGUAGUAGCGAUUCUGACUCCGGUUGGGAAGAUGAAACUACCGCCC